UCUCUCUUUUUCUCUUCAUUAAACAUAGUUGUUAAUAAUGUCAAUAGAUUCAUUAGCCGUUUGUCCUUUCUUUCUUGCAAGAAAAAACUUCCUGGUGCUUUUUCUUUUUCUUCUUGUUUCGACGGGGUUUAUGUUGUUAUUGAAUUGAACCUCCGGAUUAUUUCUUUUGGUUUUCUUUCAAAGGGUUGCAUUGGUGAUUUUAGUUUUGGCUGGGAAAAGAUUCAGCUUUUUGUGAGAUCAUAAAUGUUAGACAAAAAAGGACCAAUUUUGUUUUUUUUCCCUGCAUUUUCCCGGCAACCAAACCAAGCAAGGGUUUUUCAUUUUACCAUAUGGGUUCGGUUUUCUUUUGGUUUCUUUUUAAUGGGUUGCAUUGGUGAUUUUAGUUUUGCUUGAGAAAAAAGUUCAGCUUUUCAUGAGAUUAUCAAAGUUAAAGCGAAGGAAAAAAGGAGAUUCAAUUUUGUGUUCUUCUUGCAUUUUCCUGGAAACCAAAGAAAGCAGGGGUUUUUCAUAUUUUUCGUUUUAUCAUAUGGCUUCUAAGUGAAAGCAUUGGAAAUGCGAGUGUGAGGAAGUUCAUUGCCAAUCUAGCUGGUUUCUCGAAGUAAAGUUGCUGGAAAUAGUUGAAAACUUGUCACUUUUUUGUUUCUAUUCACCGCCUGUUUGGUAUCUAAGAAAACUAGAAAGAAAAAAAGAAAGAAAUAGAAGAAAGUGAAGCUUUUCAAUGGUAGUGUUUGUUUGUUUUAUUUCAACUUGUCUCUCCUAGAACUUUUUAAACUCUGCGGUCCCAAUAAGAGUAGAAAAGCAAAUACCAUUUUUUCUUUCCCCAAAAUCUUUUAUUAUACUAUAUUGAUUGAUGCCUUUUCAAUUUGUAUUUCUCUUGAGGUCUCAGAAACCAAAUACGAUUGUUUUUUUUUUUCCUUCUGCUGCAAAAAACAGUUGUUGGUCUGUGAUUUUUUCUGGUGAAAAAGUUGUUAGUAGGUAAUUAAGUUGAUGUUUAAGUUUAACCUAAGCAAUUAAGCCUGUAAACUUUCUGAUUUACAGAGGAGUCUUGCAGAUUUGGGAAAACACAUAAACUGAUUCUAUGAUGUGACUCAAGUUUAAUUAAAUCUAAUUUCAUUUUCUUCUGGGGAUUGUUUGAUUUUUUAAAAGAGCCGUGAAGUAAUCAUACUUCUUAUUUGAUAAAAUUCUUGAGAGACAACUUGAAUCCCUUGACUAAUACCAAUAUUUUUUAAGGUAUUUAUCAAGAAAGGUCAAAUCUACUUAUCAAAUCUUUUGUUGGCAUUAGGGUCUUAAUUAUUUGAUAAAAUCUUCUCAUUCUGGAAAUUUCUGAAAAUUUUAUUGAGUCUUCUUUGUCUCUUUGCUGCUAAACAUUGAUUAACAAAGUUCCACUUGUUGAUCUUGAUGGCCUGAUAAGAAGCCCCUAAUUUAUACAUUACCCUUUGUUAAAUAUGUAAAUUCUGUUUGUUUCCCGGUAAAAUUAGAUGCUAUUUUCGACACUUGGGUAGUGUAGGUUUAUGAAUGAGUUGGCUGAAUUCUAUCUUGAAGUUAUCUCCCCAAAUUUCAGUGCCUAGAAAGAGGCCAAAAACAAUUUGGCUGUUUCAACCAUGCUGAAUGAGAUCAAAUGUAAUCUCAGAGGCAUGGUUGAGCUUGGUUCGACUUAUCUUCUUCUGCAUUUUUUUGGCCUCAAUUGCAUUGCAUUGAAGUGUGUGUAUGUUUGUCCAUUGACAUGUUCUCUCAUGCAUAAAUCUACUAAGGCUGAAGGCUUUUCAAGAGAAAUUGAAAAGUAAAAAUUUGAACAUUAAAUUUUUAUUCUAAUACCAUAGUAAAUAAUUAAUAGUCUUGAGAGUUUAAAGUAAUAAAGAAUAGUUUAAUUAAAUUCAAGUGCAUGACUUCACCAAAUCAAUCUUUUUCCUCCAAAUCAUUAUGUAAUUCUUGUCUUUUACCUAGUGUUAUCGGUUCUUAUUGGCAGUUCUUCAUCUGUGGAGUUUUUCAACAUCUAGCUGAUUCUUAGGUCAGCUACUUCUUGAUUUGGUUAUAUUUGUGCUGCAACUCUUUGCAAUUUUGACAAGUGAAAGAUUUUCCAGUUUCACCAAAAGCACAAACUCGUCAAUCAGCGAAGAAUUUCGUGACUUGAAUAAUCUUGUUAUUUAAUGGGUUGCAUUAGCUCAAAGACUACUAAAUACACGCCUGGGUAUGAGGAGCCUACUGUUCUUGCUGCAGAAACACCUUUUACUAUUAGUGAAGUAGAGGCCUUAUAUGUGCUCUACAAGAAGUUAAGCAGUUCCAUAAUCGACGAUGGACUAAUUCACAAGGAAGAAUUCCAAUUUGCACUUUUCAAGAACAGAAAUAGGAAGAAUCUGUUUGCAGAUAGGCUUUUCGAUGUGUUUGAUGUCAAACGAAAUGGGGUUAUUGAGUUUGGUGAAUUUGUUCGAUCAUUAGGUGUCUUUCAUCCAAAUGCAUCUGUCACGGAUAAAAUUGCAUUUGCUUUCAGAUUGUAUGAUCUAAGAGGAACUGGCUUCAUCGAACUAGAGGAGUUGAAGGAAAUGGUGUCGGCACUGCUACACGAAUCGGAAUUGGUCCUUUCAAACGAUAUAAUUGAAGCAAUUGUCAAUAAAACAUUCAUCGAGGCUGAUACAAAUGGUGAUGAAAAAAUUGAUCCCGAAGAAUGGAAGCAAUUCGUUUUAAAAUAUCCGUCCCUCAUAAAAAACAUGACACUACCCUAUUUGAAAGAUAUAAGUUUAGCAUUUCCCAGCUUCAUCAUUACUUCGGAAGUCGAUGAUUUCAAAAUAUAGACAGAUAUCAAUUACGUAUAUCAUAUUUAGCGACAAUCCAACUUUUUAAAUAACACUGGAGAAAUGGGAUGAGCUUAUAACUUAAUUGGUAAGUGUUUUUCAAGAGCGGAGGUCGAAGAGUGCUUUUCAAGAAACAGGACUAGACAAACAAGCUGCUAAAGUUGCUGAAGCAUAUGUUUGGGAUGCGGUCUUUAAGAUUCAGGCUUCAUGCAUGUUU